UCCAAAGAAGUCAUUGACAAAUUCUGAUAAUUCUAUUCAAUCGAUGGAAUUGAUAAAGUCAGCAUGAGUAAUUCAUCGAAUAUUAAGGAAACGUAUGAAGCAGAAACAAAAUAUGGGCCUUUUUACACUGGAGGAAAUAUUCAGUGGAGUCCAGAAGGCGAUCACCUGUUCUGCCAGAACGGUCCGUCGAUAUCAGUCCUCUCCCUGGAGAAUGGCUCGGUGAUAUCGACCCUUGGGUCCGCGUCGACUCCCGACGAGGAUACAAUAAACACCUUCACCCUUAGCCCCACCUCGGACACAGUAAUAACCCAUCACAAAAGCGGUCUCUUCAAGCUCUUCACCUGGAGAGAGCCAACCCCCAAAAAAGUCUGGAAGUCCAUCCACAAGGGUCCUGUCCCCCACAUCGCCCUCUCCCCAGAGGAUCAGCUGAUGGUCUCCGGAGGGAGUGACUCAAGCGUUCGUCUGUGGAACCUGCACCAUCACUCGUGUACCCACAACCUGAAGGGUCUCCAGGGUGUUGUGAGUGUGCUGAAGUUCCACCCAGACUCCACCAAAAAUCUUAUCCUAGCCUCCGGAGAUGACACGAAGAUCUACUGCUGGGACACGACCUCUGGAGCCCUAAAGAAAAUCCUCUCAGGGCACUUCAGUAGAAUCACGUCUCUCUCCUUCCACAAGGAUAGCAUUCACAUGGUGUCAUCAGGUCGCGACAAGGUGCUCAUUCUGUGGGACCUGGAGAAGGGCCUCUCCCUUCGGACCCUCCCAGUCUACGAAUCCCUGGAAGGGGUCUUCAUCAUUCCCUCCACAUCAAACUUCUCAAAACAGAAAACACCAAAACGAGAGGAUGAGAUUCUUGUAGGAAGUGGAGGGGAGAAGGGUAUCAUAAAGAUCUGGGAGAUGAGAUCAGGUCGUGAAGUUUACACCCAAGAGAAUCCCCUGGUUCAGGCUUCGAAGGAAGAAGGAGGCCUCGCCAUCACCCACAUCCUCUUCAACAAAACUCUCAACUCCUUUGCUGUUGUCUCAGCAGACCACAACAUCAUCAUUCACUCAUUGGGAGAUUUCUCCUGCCAGAAGCAAUUCGUCGGUUACACCGAUGAAAUCCUUGAUAUCGUCCACGUGGGUCAGGCAGGAAGUCACUUGGCAGUUGCCACAAACAGCUGCGACAUAAAGCUGUAUGAUAUCUCCACCAUGAGUUGUCAAUUACUGAGAGGUCAUACUGAUCUCGUAUUAUCCCUCUGCGUUACUCCAGCCAAUAGAAAUUUAAUGAUCUCUUCGGCGAAGGAUAACAGUGUCAGGGUUUGGCUGAUGUCACCAGAGACAUUCACAAUGAAAUGCAUUGCCACUGGGACACGUCACACUGCGUCCGUUGGUUCCGUUGCUCUUUCUCAAGCCUCUACCAAGUUCUUCGUCUCUGUCAGUCAAGAUCAAUGUCUAAAGCUCUGGCAUCUGCCAGAGAAAUUAACUCUCGAUGAUCCAGAAAAAAAUACCCUGAACGCUGCCCACACCGUCCUGGCACACCAGAAGGACAUCAAUUGCGCUGUUGUUUCGCCGAAUGAUAGGUUGAUUGCAACGGGAUCUCAGGACAAAACAGCGAAACUCUGGGGCUCUGAGAGCCUUCAGGUCCUGGGGACUUUGAGGGGGCACAGAAGGGGCGUCUGGUGCGUCAGAUUUUCACCGAUUGAUCAGGUCCUAUUGACAACAUCCGCUGAUUGCACAAUGAAAAUGUGGUCACUCUCUGAAUUGAAUUGUCUCAAGACAUUUGAGGGUCACGAGUCAUCGGUUUUACGAGCGGAAUUUAUAUCUCGUGGAAUGCAAUUGGUCACUUCCGGUGCUGAUGGGCUGUUGAAGCUGUGGAGUGUCAAGACUUCUGAGUGUACUGGCACAUUUGAAGAGCAUGAUAACAGGGUUUGGGCAUUGGCUGUCAGUCAGGAUGAGAGCAGAUUGAUAUCUGGAGGAUCGGACUCUGUUAUGAUAGUGUGGAAGGAUGUCACUGAGGAGAAAAGGCAGAAGGCCAUUGCUGAGAGGGAGGAGAUGAUCCUCGAGGAGCAAAAAUUGGCGAAUUUGCUGAAGGGUGAGCAGCUCGUGGAUGCCUUGAAACUAGCAUUGAGGCUUGAAAAACCUUACAAGGUACUGAAAAUUGUGGAGGAUAUCUUGAGGAAGGGAGAGCAGGGGCUGGCGGAUGCUAUCGGGCAACUCAAGACGAAGCAGAAGGAGGAACUCCUGAGGUGCGCUGUUGGGUGGAAUACCAAUAGCAAAAAUUGUCAGGCAGCUCAGCUCGUGAUCAAUGCAUUGUUAAAUGACCCUGAAAGCAGUAAUUUGCAAACGAGUGAAUUGUCAUCAUCUCUGGAGGCACUGAUUCCUUACACCGACAGACAUUUCAAAAGAGUCACAAGAUUGCUACAGGAUCUCCAUUUCUUGAAUUACACCGUUAAUUACAUAAAGCCCCACAAUACCUCUGAAUUCCAUGAAUGACGAUAAAUGCGAAAUAAAAUAAAUCUAGACUUUCAA